GGUAUGCCCAUGUAGGCUAGAAUCCUGUUUCUGACGGAGGACAUGCCGGUGUUUCCAGGAAGCCCCUUGAGCAUCUAUAAAGACAUGUACGCUCUCUUUCUCCCCCUGGUAGAUCUUCCCUGGAGGUCUGACGCCUCUUUAUGUUUCCACCUUGAUGCUCCUCCUCACCAUGUCCUGCCAGCUGGCCCUUACCCAAAAAGGGCGAAAAAAAGUAGUACACGUCUCAGAGGAUGACAGCGGUGCUGUAGUGGUGCAGACGGCACCGGGCAAGGUGGUGACCCACCGUGGCGGGACAAUCAUCCUCCCUUGCCGCUUUCACUACGAUAUGUCAGCCCACGACCCCGAUGAGAUCCGCUUGAAGUGGACCAAGGUGGUAGACCCCAUGUCCUUUGAGGAUGUUUUUGUGGCCAUGGGCAAAGAGCGCAGGGCCUUUGGGAGCUACCGGGGCCGCACGGCACUGCAGGAGGACGAUGCCGGAGAUGCCUCGCUAAUCAUCCGGAACGUCACCCUGCAGGAUUACGGGCGCUAUGAGUGCGAGGUGACCAACGAACUGGAGGAUGACGCAGGGAUGGUCAAGCUGGACCUGGAAGGGGUGAUUUUCCCAUACCACCCACGCCUGGGCCGCUACACCUUGAACUUCCACGAGGCACAGAAAGCGUGCCUGGAACAGGAUGGGAUCCUGGCCUCCUAUGACCAACUGCAUGAAGCCUGGCUGGAAGGAAUGGAUUGGUGCAACGCCGGGUGGUUAGAGGAUGGAUCAGUGCAAUAUCCCAUUUCCAAGCCCAGAGAUGAAUGUGGACAGAAGGAGACCCCUGUUGGGGUGAGGAACUAUGGAUACCGACACAAAGAUGACGAACGUUAUGAUGCGUUCUGCUUUACUUCCAACUUGAAUGGCAAAGUCUACUUUCUCAAGACCUAUCGAAAGCUGAGCUUCCCUGAGGCCAUCCAGGCCUGCCAGAAGAACGGUGCUGUGGUGGCCAAGGUAGGCCAGCUGUAUGCUGCAUGGAAGAUCCAACUUCUGGACAAGUGUGAGGCAGGCUGGGUGAGCGACGGAAGCAUCCGGUACCCCAUCGUCAACCCCCGGUCUCGGUGUGGAGGCCGGGAGCCCGGAGUCCGCAACCUGGGCUUUCCUGAGAAGAAAUACAAACUCUUUGGAGUUUACUGCUACAAGGCUGCAGAUAGCACAGAGCCCAAGAAGAAGGGGAAAGAUGGGAAAUGGAAACCAUUCCAGGUGUAGGGAACGGCAGAGUCACAGCACAACAAUUGGCCUGUGAGGAAAUCUUCACUUUUCCUUUCUCUUCCAGAGUGCUGGGGAAUUCAUCCCCUCUGAGUAAACUGACGGUGCCAAAAGCGGCCUGUGGUGAAGCUCAGAACAGGAACACGUAUGAUCCGGUUUACAUACCGGAACGUCCAAGCUGCCUGGAAGUCCGGCUUGCGUCCGGCUGCUUGUCUCUGGCUGCAGCUGCUAAUCCUUCUGCUCACCCUCUUCUUCUCCACCCCUGUGGGAAGAUUUGAGGGUCUGUCUUGGCUUCUCGCAACUUGCUGUUAUUAAUGCUUCGGGUAAAGCUUUUGGGGGGAUUUCUCUGGGUUUCCAAAAAAGGAGGGAUAUCCAGUUUUACCCUUACCAGAUUCUCUUGACUUUUAAGAUGUGGUGGUGUUUGGUUGACAAAGAGAUUCACGUUGUGCCACCAAGAGAAUAAGUCUUUUGGUGAGGGUUUACGCCUCUUUUUUUUUGCAUGUGUUGGAAAGCAUCCAGCAGGGAUUCCAAAAGAGCCCCUCCACUACCCAAUCUGCAUUGGACUACAGUUACCCUCCUCCAGGGCUUUUUUUCUGGGAAAAGAGGUGGUGGAACUCAGUGGGUUGCCAGCACAGGGGGCAACUCCUGGCGGGAGGUGGUGCCUCUGGUACCACAUGCACAUGCGCAAAGUGCGUGCACACUCCUGGGACCGUGUGAUGAUGUCACUUUGGAACAAGGGGGGGAGUUUUUAAAAGUUUAAAUUGCCCUAGGCAAAAAUGAUAACUUGGCUACUGCACGGAGGGCAAUCUAAACUCCCUUCUGUCUGGAAAUCAGGGGGCGGGGCCUCUGGCCAUGUGACCAUUUUCAAGACGUGCCAGAAUUCCGUUCCACCGCGUUCCUGCUGAAAAAAAGCCCUGCCCUCCUCUCGUUUCCACUCCAUUCUGGCAACCUGAAAAUGCCAUCAACCUUGUUGUUUACUUGUCUUGUUGGGCAGGACUGUAACCCCUUUGGGGCAAGGAUCCGUUCUUUAUUAGCUUUUGUUAAUCUGCCACGGGAUCAGUAGACACAAAUAGCACUUUGUAAAUGAUAAGAGCAGGGGCUGUGGGGGGUUGGCAACCUGCCCUGUUCCCCCGGACGGGCAUCCUGAUAAAGCUGGGGAAAAGGUGGGGCUAAACUGGGAAGGGACGGGAUACAGAGGUAAGGGCUGAGGUCUGUAGAUGGGAGAUUACCUGCAAGUUACAUUCUGGCAUAGCUUUAGUAGCUUGGCCAAAAGAAUGGCUUAUUUGGCUGGGGAACAGAAGCCCCGGAAGCAAAGCUUGCAGGAACCCAUUGCCAACUUCCUUUGUGCCAAUGAAUUUCUUGCUGGUUGUCAGACCCCCUGAAUGGUGUUCAACGCCAGGGUGGAGGGGGGGGGGGGUCCGAGCAGCUGUUUUUCUCCCUUGCAGGUUCCUCCCCCCCCCCAGCUCUUCCCCAGUGCAGGGAACAAAACUGCAGUUGGGAAUGUUGCGGGAGAUGCUCACCUUCUCCUCCCCAGACCCCUGAGAAAACUGAAUACCGGGACGAUCCCAAGAGCCCAACUGGAUCCAGUCCAGCAUUCUUCUUCCCCAGAGGGCCAGCCACACACCCUCAGGAAGGGCCCUGAGUAGGCCCUGGAGCCCAACCCCUCCCUUGCUUCCCCCACCCCAGCAGCUGAUGCUCACUGCUGCUGAACAAGGAGGUUCUAUUUAGCCGUUUGGGCGGAGAACAUGAUGAGUUUAGCUCCUCUAAAAAGUAUUCUAAACUAAGUGCUCUCUCAGUGGCAGUGAGUCCUACCAGAUGGUUGUGUGCUGCGUGAAAAGACUUGGUCAGCUGCAUAGGAUGUUUUGGAUUACGGGAGGAGGACGUGGGGGUGUUCACUUCUUCUACCCCAUCCACAGCUUUAUCAACAUCUACGGUGUCCCUCUCUUUAAUUGUCUUUCCUCUCCAAGAGCCAAGCUAGAAGUGACGAAUUACACUUGAAUGGCAAAUGAACAGACUCACAUGUAUUCCUCCCUGUUCAUUUGUGCUCCACUUGCACUCCAUCGAGUGGAGUGCAAGCGAACAGGGAGGAGUCUGUUCACUUGCCAUUCAAGUGCAAUUCGUCACUUCUAGCUUGGCCCCAAGACUCUUCAGCCUUUCCUCCCAGGGACGGAGUGUCCUGUGGGGCUGUCCACCACGUCCUCCAGCUCAUGCUGCCUCAUGCCUGUCUGCAAAGAGGCGCCAAAUUCUGGUCUGGGGUUCUUUCCACUACACAAUUUGCUUGUGGCAAAAGCCAGUUGCAACCUGGGAACUGCUACUGGGGGGCCCUGAGCAAGAAGCUGCUUGGGAGCAAAUGGUCUCUCUCCCCCCU